GUCCGGGUGGACACCGACCUUCGCCGCCGCCCGCGCCCCUUCCGCCAGCUCCCGCUGCUGCUCUCCGGGCGCCGUCCUCUCCUCACCUCGAAGCCAACAUGAAGGAGACCCGGGGCGACGGGAGCGCCCCUUUCUGCACCCGCCUCAACCACUCGUACCCGGGCAUGUGGGCGCCCGAGCGCUCCGCCGCGGCGCGGGGCAACCUCACGCGUCCCCGCGAGCCCGGCGAGGACUGCGGCUCGGUGUCCGUAGCCUUCCCGAUCACCAUGCUCAUCACGGGCUUCGUGGGCAACGCGCUGGCCAUGCUGCUCGUGUCGCGGAGCUACCGGCGCCGGGAGAGCAAGCGCAAGAAGUCGUUCCUGCUGUGCAUCGGCUGGCUGGCGCUCACAGACCUGGUCGGGCAACUGCUCACCAGCCCGGUGGUCAUCUUCGUGUACCUGUCCAAGCAGCGCUGGGAGCAGCUCGACCCGUCGGGGAGGCUGUGCACCUUCUUCGGUCUGACCAUGACUGUCUUUGGGCUCUCCUCGCUCUUCAUCGCCAGCGCCAUGGCCGUCGAGCGGGCGCUGGCCAUCCGGGCGCCGCACUGGUACGCGAGCCACAUGAAGACGCGCGCCACCCGCGCCGUGCUGCUCGGCGUGUGGCUCGCGGUGCUCGCCUUCGCCCUGCUGCCGGUGCUGGGCGUAGGCCAGUACACUAUCCAGUGGCCCGGGACGUGGUGCUUCAUUAGCACCGGGGGAGGGGGCAACGGGACUAGCUCUUCGCACAACUGGGGCAACCUCUUCUUCGCCUCCACCUUUGCCUUCCUGGGGCUCUCAGCGCUGGCCGUCACUUUCGCCUGCAACCUGGCCACCAUCAAGGCCCUGGUGUCCCGCUGCCGGGCCAAGGCCACGGCAUCACAGUCCGGCGCCCAGUGGGGUCGGAUCACCACCGAGACGGCCAUCCAACUCAUGGGGAUCAUGUGCGUGCUGUCUGUCUGCUGGUCGCCCUUACUGAUAAUGAUGUUGAAAAUGAUCUUCAAUCAGACAUCUGUUGAGCACUGCAAGACACACACUGAAAAGCUGAAAGAAUGCAACUUCUUCUUAAUAGCUGUUCGCCUGGCUUCACUGAACCAGAUCUUGGAUCCCUGGGUUUAUCUGCUGCUAAGAAAGAUCCUUCUUCGAAAGUUUUGCCAGAUCAGGCACCACACAAACAACUAUGCAUCCAGCUCCACCUCCUUACCCCACCAGUGCUCCUCAACCUUGAUGUGGAGUGACCAGUUGGAAAGCUCCUCCAAUCCUAACUUGGGAAUUUAAACUCCAUUUAGGACUAUGGGGAUCUGAAUAACAAGACAGAAGGCUACCACACUCCAAAGCAAUCUUCUCCAAAAAUCGACAUCUGUCAGUGUUUCAAGUUUCAGCUUUGGCACUUGAGCCUCUAAGUUCAAGUGCAGGUAAAAGUCCUGGACAUGAUAUAUAAAACAAACAUAAGAAGACUGCGAAGGUAUAGAGAAGACUGACCAACUAUGAACCUUGGAACCCAGGAAAGACCAAGAUGGCCUUCCUUGUUGAUUCCUAUAUCCUGGACUGGGUCCUGGAAAAAACAUACCUGGAAAAGCCGAUGGGAACUGACAAAAAAGAGCCCUCAUAAAAUCUAGUUCUUCCUGGCAAAGGACAAAGAAAGGAACAGCUUAACAAGAUGAAAAAUUUUUAAAUAAUAACUGCCCUACUGCAGAAGUGCACCAUGGAACAAAAUGCAGCUCUAGCCCCAUCACAGUCAGCAAAAGCUGAGUGGGGAUCCUAGACUUCUACCCUUGCCGGGCUGUAGUAGAGGCCUGCAGUGUGAUGUCAGAGAAGCCAAGCGGGGAGAUGGGACUCCCACCCUCAUCCAGUGGUAGCAAUCCUCUCCCAACAGUGUCAGUGGAAGUCAGCCAGGAUCCUGGGCUUCUGUCCCCACCUGGCAGUAAUAAUGCACCCUCCCAUCUCCGCAGAAGUGAUACAAGAGGAAGCAGUUGGGGAACUUUCACUACCAGCCAGCAGGAAAACAAUUUCCUUCUUGCAGUGUCAGUAGAAAAUAUAAUACUUUUCUGACGUGGAUCUCAAUGUAUGCAGAGGAAGUAUUUAAGAUAAUUAUAUUACAAGUGAAAAGCAGUAAAGUAACUCAAAGGGAGGCAAAAUUUCCACAUUUGAUUCUGAAAGUAGUAGACCUUUGUGGUGAUGGAAGAAUUCUGUAUCUUGAUUACAGUGCCGGCCACAGGAAUCUACAUACAUGUGAUAAAAUGACAUGGAACCAUAUACAACAUUGUACCAAUAUAAAUUUCCUGUUUUGACAUUGUACUACAGUUAAUGCAAGAUGUAACCAUUGGGAGAAAGUAGAUGAGGGUACCCAAGGACUUUUCAUUAUUGCAGCUUUUUGUAAAUCUAUAAUUAUUUCAAAAUAAAUAGUAAAUAAUAAAAGUUUAAGAGAUCUUUAAUAGGGCAUAUUUGUAAACCUCUCCUAACCAUGCAAAAACAUAAGAAGCAUAUGAUAAAGAGUUGGUAUAAAAUUAUUAGAGCAGAUUUCCUCAGUAAUUGGUUGGGGGGGGGAGGGGAAGAUUCAUAGUUAUUUAUGACCUAUCUGUUUCAGGGAAUGCAAUUUUCUUUUGAUGUUGAUAUUAUUAUCAAUUUCUGCUUUUUCUUUUUAAAUUUGAGUAUAGUUGACACACAAUAUUAUAUUGGUUUUGGGUGUAUGAUUAGUGAUUCGACAAGUUUUAUACAUUAUGUUAUGUUCACAACUGUAGCUACCUAUCUGUCCCAUGACAUUGCUGUUACAAAAUCAUUCAACUUCUUUUUAUGUAGUCAAUAAUAACACUGUAUAAAAGCUCAUGAGUCAUCUUGUCUGGUCAUUAAUAUAAC